AUCCUUUCUCAAAGAGUCUUUGUGUAAAGACUAGCAAGGAUCUGAAAGUGAUGUUUUCAUCCAAAGGGAAACAAGAAGAGGAGGAUGGUAUUGUGUUUCUGGCAUCAUACACUGUAUAUACAUAUAGUCAGGGACGCAACACGUGUGUAUGCCUGCCUGUAGAGAAAUCCAUACAACCAGAAAUCAAUCGCAGAAGAUGAAAGGCUGAAACUGACUGGUCCUUUGUUUGUGAAAUUGAUUUAUCUGCAAGGAUGUGAAUAAUGUUUGACCACUUCUUACUUAGCCCCUUGGUGGUGGAGGUGAUGGUGUGUUCAGUGAUAAACAGUUGGGGUGUAGGAAUAUAAUAAGUGGCUGAGAUAUCUCCAUGAAUAUACAAGCUGGAUCAUGAUUUGGGUGGACAACAUUCAUAGAUGUGCAUUAUUCUGUGAAUUCUCUUGAUUGGGAUCAGGUAUAUUCUUUGGGAAAUGAUUUUUUUCGUCUUCGCAUGAGCAGAUUAGCUGGAAGCAGACAAUGUAAUUAUCAUUAUUGGAUCAUGCAAGUACAUUUUUGUGAUUGGAUCUACUUUUCAACUUCAGCAUGCCAUGCAUGUUUUGCAAGGAUUAGAUUCUUCAAUGUUUUUGGUGUACUUCUUGUGUCUCAGCUAAUGUUCUAUGGUACAAUUUGCUUUUGAGUCUGAGAUUGCUGUGUAUUGAGUUUUGAUAUUUAAUUAUCGAGAGAUAAUGUAAUUCAUGUUAUACAUGUCUUUAUGGAUCCAAUCUACCUGGUUAUAAAUUCCAUGAGUGCCAUAUUUUUAGGAUAUUUCAUUAAUGAAACCUUUAUAUUAAUGAAUUUUUAACAAGGUCUGUGUUGUUUCUGAGUGCAAUUGAGUCCUUGAGAUGUUUUUGCUAGACCGUUACAUCAGUUAUUGUUAUAUAUGCAACAGUAAUUCACGAAGGAAAACAUACUGACAAUUAUUGCCUAUUUAAUUGGGAGGAGAAGAGGAGGCACACAUGCGUAUAUAACAAGAAGAAGUAAGAUGUAGUUUAAGUUUGCCAAUGCAAUGAAUGCAAGUUGGCUUUACUUGAUUAAAGUCUUGCAUAGUCUUUUUGAAGAGUUUAUUAGUAAUUUAUGAAGUUCUGCAUGAACUAGCAUGUAUUAGGUAAAUCAAAUACAUGAUAUUUUUUAAAAGUAAAAAAUUUAUUAAUCUGGUUAGAUUUGUAUGGUUUUCUCUCAGACAGCCGGUUUCAGUGUAUCUAUUGAGAAAGUGUCAUGAAAUCCUACCCCAACUUUACUUUCAAAAUCUUUAUCUUUAAAUUCCAUGCGGGUCAUUGGCAUAUGCUGUUGCUUUGGGGUAUUAUCAUAUCAUCCAGGAAGAAUAUGGAAUGCAAUUACUUGAUAAGGAUUCAGGCUUGUGAAUAAUAUGUAUUUCCCUCACAACGACAUCCUUUGGUAUGACAUUUUUUCUUCUUGUGACUUGCGUUGGUGUUUCCUUAUUUUGAGGUAAUAAAAUUAUCAAACUUUUUUGACAAAAAAUGUAUUAGUAUGAUAUAUGGAAGAGGGUUUAAUUCCAUCUUUGUGGUGUAAUUAGCUUUACUUGCAGAGACUUUCCUGUUUUUUUGUGAUAUUUCCUUGGUUUUAGAUCCUCUGGAAUAAUCCGCAAUUGCCAUUUUCUGUCAUGAAGUGUGAGUGAUAUAAUGGCUGAUUUAUCUCGUAUUUCAGGCUAAUGAUACUCCACUGCCAAUGACCCCGAGCUGCACAGCAUGUUAUCAGGUGUGAUUCUGCAGUUUUCUUCUCUUCAGGUUGUAUAUUAAACUGAGAAGAAAGCAUUAUCCUUGAGAAAGCUGCUUUUGUUAAGUUUGAAAUCCAAAUAUUUAUGGAUUGUAUAUUUCAUUCUUGAAUGAUUUACUUUGAAUGAAUGAAAACAAAGCAAAUUUUACAGAAGUUUGUUCCCCACCAUGCUGCUGUUCAAUGUAGAUAAUCACAAUUUUAACAUUACAAAAUAUUAAAUAGCAGCCAAAACAUUUUUAUAGGUAAAAUGAAUUAUUCAGUUAUAAAUUUAUAAUCCACCCACCUACAGCAAUCAUGACUUCAUACUUAUUGAAAAUAAUCGUUUGGAAUCGAUAUACAAUAUGUUGAUGAAUUUUUAUGAGGAUUGAUAUUGGAAUCAGUUUGAAGCUUUAAAAAAGUUCAAUUAAUAAUCACAUUUUUCUUCAGACUACAUCAUACAGAGAAUUAAGGAAAUGUGUUUCUAAUAAUCAUAACAACUUGCUUCAAUGUUUAUUACCUUUUGGGGGAGACAAAUGACUUCCUUGUUUUCAUUUGAAAUGUCAUAUGCAAAAUGUGUAAGCCCUCAUGCAUUUCCUUGUUUGAAAAAAAAUUAUAUGAUCAGAUCAAAUGUAUUUUCAAAUAUGCUUUAGAAAGGAAGCAUGUAAUUUUUCUUUCUGCGCAUGAAGAAAUCAAGCAAGAAAUUCUAUUUGUUCACAUUACCCUCACAAACCAUUUCUUUUAAAUAGGCAUUAAGGCAUGGGUAGGAAAUUCAGUCUUCAAGUUUUCUGGAAAUAAUCUUAGUUUCUCAUUUGCUCGUAAUCUGUUUUGGAAACAGGAUUAAGGGUUGUGGAUUUGUCUGUUGUUAACUGUGCUCUCUGGUUCAGAAGAUAUUACUUCUCCCAUGCUUGUCCUUUUGUUUCUUCCCUCUUACACUGCAUAAUUCCAUGCUGGAGAAAAGUGAAUUUUUAUUCAGGAGAUGCAUUGUUGGAUUUUUGAUGAUUAUUUCCAGCCAUUGAAGAUUCUCAUUGGGAGGAGUAUCAUUUGCAACUUUUAUCGAGAUGUAAUCACUUUUCAUGCGUCAUGAUGAUGUAAAGCCGGUCAAUUACCAUUUCUGGGCAGCGCAGUAUACGUUUGUUUAUCGUUAUCUCUUUACAAAGAUGGGCUGAUUUUUUUCUGUCUUUUAUUUAAUGCUGAAUUUUUAGUAAAGAUAUUUUGAGAACUAUUGUUUAGGUUAUUAGGGCCUUUGUCUUUGGAGGCUUGUUGAUUCUGAAAUAAAUCAUUUAUUUUUGUAUUGAUGUGGAAACAGCAUAUCAAAAAACAUGUGGAUGAAGAUAUUUUCAGCAAUUGUUCAAGUUUUGCAAGAAAUUUGUCUCUGUUUGCCUAGGAUAUGAAAUAGAAGUUAAUAUGGUAUUGCAUGUUUACACCCAAUGACUUCAGACAGUAAAUUGUUUCAGAUAUCUGUAACUAAGGGAACUUGCUAUGAAAAUCUGAUUUUUCCGGUAUCCAGGCCCGAUGAGAAACGCUACAUCUAUAUUGUACAGGUUGAAAAGAGGCCAGACGUUAUUGGAAAGAGAGACAAGUAGUGAUUCAGAUGCUCUCAGCAUUACGUGUAAAGCAACAGAUGAUCAGUGUACAUGUACCUGGAGUGUGCAAAACCGGCAUCAUUAGUGCCUAAUGAGGUGAUCAUAAACUCUAAAACACAAAUAUUUACUAGCCUAUCUUGACACCAAACAUUCCAUUGGAUCUCCACGGAUGAUUUUUCUACUUAGUUCUCUCAGUAUCAAACGUGAAAAUGUUCACCCAUCUCCAUAGAAAUGAUAUGUGAUACAGUAAUAGAAGGGUUAACCUGUAGCUGCAGAGUUCAUUGAGAAGUUGGAUAGCCUCCAGGGAAGGAUAAAAAGGGGGUGAAGGUGAACCCUCACCAUGUCUUUCUUUUGUGUUGUGAGCUCCUCAGGAGAGGAGAAGCAGGUUCGUCUGCGGCAGAUGAUGCAGGAAAGCAAUGGACAGGAGGGUAAAGACUCUCUCUGUUUGAAUGAUGCACAUGGGAUAUUCUCAAAGGGUGAUGGGUCACCUUCAAACAGAGAAACACCUGUUAUUGGUGGCAGUGGUGGGAUUUGUAAGACUCAAUACAACCAGCCCUCAAUGGUUGUAAAAGAACCAGAGGAGAGAUAUAGAUCAGAGAUAAGACUAAGUACAGGGCCAAUGCAGCAAGAUCCGCAAUCAAGUAGUAUGCACUGGAACAACGAUUACAAUCCAUCGGACAGUGCAAACCUGAGAAGGAAACUUCAAGAGCUCACCGCAACAUCUAAUGGAAAUCAGCGAAGGAAGGAAUUUAGCCGAUCUAAGGAAGUGUAUGGAAGGCUUUCACAAUCAACUACAGGUAAUUCUGAAUUGGAUGUGGUGCAUGGAGGAAAGGCAUUUCCAUUUAGUGACCCAAUUGCAUUUGAGCAAAGCACUGGUGCAACAGAGCAGGCUUUGAGAGAGGGAAGGCAUCCUUCGCUGCACCCAGCAGCAAGAAAUAACCAAAAGAUGAAAGGUGAUACAUUAAAGAAGACCUCAGAUUCAAACAAGGUAGGACAGCUUAGACAUCGCUGGGAGAUACUUACCACGAAUGAUCCUCUGCCAAAGCAGCAGGUUACAGCUGCAACACCAAGUGGUCGAGGUUAUGGAGAUGUUCCCAGGAGAAGGUUGGCAAGUGAUGAACAGAAACAGGAAAGGCCUGUACUGCCACCUAAAACAAAGCCCAAACCUAAGAAGAAUGUUAGGGAACGUUCAGAGGCAUUCAUUGAAUGCAACCAACCUCCUCCCCGAGGUGCGCAAGAUGGUGGUGUGUCUUCUGUUUCUAAUCAGCAGCGGAAGAUGGAAGUGAACCCCGUAGAGCAACGCUUAAACCUGCACAAGGUUUACAAAAAGAGAGAAGAUUCUGGACUCAGCAGUGCCUGCAGUACUAUCAGCCUUGAGAAUUUCCCUGUCCAUAACUACUCUCACAACUUACCUCCUAAUGCCAGUGAUCGAAGAGUCAAUUACGCCUCAAAGAAAUGUAACCAGCUCCCCAAUGUCGAUUCAAAAACCCAAGAUGCCUUGCCAAGACCAAAAACCCAAGUUGCCUUCUCAGAUGUUAAUACAUCACAUUCCACAUUGAAACCUGAGGUGGUACAGAAACAGCAAAGGCUGGAGGAAGAACAAUUCCAGCCUGAUGAAAUCAUUCAUGAAAAUUAUUCCAGGGGAUAUAUCUCGAGCCAUAAACAUUUCCAUCCAGAACAGAUCAUUGAAGAAAAUAUCUCUUCUGAAGAAUUUUCUAGUGUCAAAAAAGAAGAUCAGUUUGGGGCAAGCCAUUUGAAUGUGAAUUCUAGGAAUGACUUGCAUUGUGAAAGGGAAAUCCCAAAGGAUCAGAAUUCUAAUGAAUGUGAAAGAUUAAACUCAUCAGCAGCAUUGAAGACAGAGAUCUUUUUCCGUCCAGGAGCUCUGGUUCAACUAGAAGACAAGAGAGAUAGACAAUUAUCAGAUACCAUCACCAGGUUCCAAGCUCAUUGUAGAGGGUUCCUAGCAAGAGAGAAUGUAAAGCAACUGAAGGUUCAAAAGCUGGCUAUAACUUGCAUCCAAAGAAAUGUACGUAAGUUCCUGGCAGUGAAGAAUUGGCCGUGGUGGCGUCUUGUGACCAAAGUACUACCUCUCCUUGAUGUACACAGAACAGAAGAAGAGCUCAAGAUGAAAGAUUUGGAGUUAGAGCAGCUGAGAGUCAAAGUGGCCAAGAUGGAGACAGAAAGGAAUACACUCAAACAGAAUGUGGACAAGCUAGAUUCAAGGGUAACGGAGAUGACAGCUGACUUGUCUGAGGAGCACACGGCGGCCACCCACGCCUCGGAGAUGCUUGAGGUAGAAACAGCAGAAAGAUUACGGCUGGAGAAAGAGCUUAAAGAAAUACGGUCCAAUUACAACGCUCUCCAAAGGAAAUCAGAGAAAAUGGAGAUGGAAUUGAUGGAACAUCGUAUGGUCAGGUCAUCUAUUAUUGAAGCAGACAUGAGCAGUGAUGAUGAAACUGACUCGAUGUAUAGACUGAAAUAUAUGCAGCUGAGGAAGGAGAUGGAACUGGGUAAAAAACGACUUCAGCAGGACCAUGAAGAAGAAUUGGAAAAACUCAUCUCCAACAGGAAAUCAGUUGAGAAAAAGUUUUUAGAGGCAUCAGAGGAGGCUGAGGAGUACAAACGCCAGCUGAACAACUUCAAGAGACGAUCUCAGAAAUUGGCUGAAGAAUCUCAGGAUAUGAAAUUACACCUUGAAUCACAACAAACCAGGAACUCAGACCUGGAAAAGAAACAGAGAAAGUUUGAUGCUGAAUUAGCCAAAGUUCAUCAAGAUCUACAGCAUGAGAAGACGGCCAAGGACAGGCUCCAGAGAGAGAAAGGAAAACUUGAAGGAGAGAAUUACAUCAUUUCACAACAACUCGAGGAUCUGAAGUUAGAUAUGAAAGUGAAGGAGGAGAAGAUAGAUGUGCUGAAGAGUGAAAUGGACGAUCUCUCGUCUCACGGUAGCAUGGAAGUCAAAGAGUUGACUGGUCUCAAGAGAGCCAAGCGAGACCUCGAGACUAAGCUCCAGGACCAGGAGGAGGAGCUAGAUGAUCAGGCUGGACAGAUCCAGCAAUUAGAACAGACGAAGCUGAGGCUUGAGAUGCAGCUUGAGAGGGUGAAACAGUCUCAUCAGAAAGAAUUAGAUGCCAAAGAUGAAGAAGUAGAGGAGGUUCGGGCAAGUGCACAAAAUAAGGUGAAACAGAUGGAGAUCCAAUUAGAAGAAGACUACGAGGAACGCCAGUCUGUCAUGAGGGAGAAGAGAGAACUGGAGAGACGGGUCCAGGAACUGCUAGAUAAGCCUUUAGCUUCUGACAAGGACACAGAGAAGAGGUUGCGGAAGGACCUGAAGAAGACCAAAGCACUGCUCAAAGAUGCCCAGACGAUGCUGGAUAGGCAGAACUCGGCGGCUCCUAGUGGAACAAAACUCAAACAGCUGAAGAAUGAGCUUGAAGAUGCUACGUUUGCUACAGCCUCAGCGGUGAAGGCGAGACAGAAUCUUGAAACAGAAUUAUCAGAGCUGCAAGCGCAAUUAGAUGAUAUGAUGAAAGCCAAGUCAGAUGCUGAGGAAAGACUAUCAGUCGCCAAUCGAGACAAGACAGAGUUGGAGAGCAAGUUAGAGGAUCAAGAAGAAGAUUUCAAUGAUCUACUCAAGAAACACAGAGCUCUCAUUCACCAGAUGUCUAACGAGCAAGCCAAGGUCAAUGAACACCUUGAAACGAUAGCAGAUCUAACCAAUGAGAAACAGGAAUUACAAGAGAAGGUCUCGGAACUACAAGGGAAGGUAGACUUCUUAUCAGAGUCAAUGGUCGAUCGGACUCAAGUGAACAGACUAGAGUCUAAGGUUAGGGAAUUAGAGGCCAAACUGGACCUUGAACAUACAACCAAGAACAAACUUGAGAACCAAGUUGAGAGAUUACGAGACUCCCUUGACCGGUCCAACAGUGACCAUAGCUCUGUUCAACAGAAGGAGCUUCGGAGCCAGGAGGCUAGUAGAAAGCUCCAGCGGGAGAUCAGGGAGCUACGAGAGGAGCAAUCUGAGCUCCAACGGAAGGAGUCCGAGGCGACUCAGAAAAAACAUGAGCUGGAGCUUGAAGUGGAGAGUUUACAAGCAAGCCAUGAUCAAGUACAGUCUGACCUCAAACUAGCCUUCAAGAGGAUAGCUGAUCUUCAGAGAGCUGUUGAAGAUGGGAUAGGCAGUGACAGUGAUAGCUGCACGCCUGGUAGCGAUAGCGAUGACAGUGACAGCUCAGGAGAUGAGUACCUUCCUAGAUACUCUCAAUAUUCCUCCAACCGUAGCAGUCGAUUGAGUAGCCUGAGCAGUGUAGACUCAUCGCAGUACACCACCAGAAGAACCAGGGUGUAUUCAUCCACAUCAGAGAAGUCAGAUGAUGUCAGGCGUAGAUCACGUCCUUUACUGAAAAAUGGGUCUGGGAAGUAUGUCAUCAACCCCGGCAGUUCGGAUGAAGACGAGGAUGUCGAUGAGCUAGGUGCACGCAGCACAUCACGACCCAGUAGCAUGUACAGUGAGGACACCGUAGGAAGCGUUGAGCUUGGUGAAAACAACGUCAGCUUGACGAGUUCAUCUACGAUAGGCGGAGAAAGCGGCGACGGGACAAAGAAAAAAGGAUUUAUGAUAAAUCCAGAUUAUAUGUGAUAUUAAAUAGCAGUUCUAGUUAGGGAUGUAGCAGAGUAGACUUGUAUAAACUUUAUUUUUCUGUGUGUAAAUGUUUAGUGGUAGCUAUAGUACUGUUAUAAUGAAACCAUGUUUUGUCUUUGCAUGAAUGCAUUGCAAAUAAUCAAUGGGUACUUGAUGAGUAACUCUUCAUUAUUGGGGACUGCAUGAAGGUUUGAAUGCAUGCUAUUCUGUCAGAAAAAAUCAACUACAAAAGAAAUGUUCUUUUAAACCAUAUAUUGGAAGUCUCAUGUUCACAUCAAACUGUGUUUAUAUAUAUCUAUAUAUGUAGGUUUGUAUCUCACAAAUGAAGGCUAUGUUUAUGUCAUUCAGCACUUUUAUUGUACUUUACAGUACCAUUAUAAAUAGCAUAAGCCAUGAUGUAGGAAUCUGUAAGGAAACUACAAGAUUCUAAAGAUGGCUCAUACAGAAUUUACAAACAUUACGAAAAAUGUACAAUUGCUACGCAUUUCAAAAUACUUCAUGAGCUUACAAAUGCAUCCUCAGUAAUUUUGUAUUUGAAUGCAAAUAGGCAUGCACACAUUAAGCAUGCAAAAUAUAUGUAUGUAUUUGUGUAAGUUCUAGUCAUUUUACAUUCUUCUUUUUAAAAAAUGGACACCUUUGAAAAUGUCAAAAUUCCCCCUUUUCUUUGCAAAUGUUCUGCAGGGUGCAAUGUUAAAUUGCCUUUUCUGAAAAUUUCAGAGUACCGCGUAAGGAACUACUACUUAUAUCUCAAAUUUAUGAAUUUUAAGCUUCUGGAUUACCGAUUUGUACUUGUAAAGUAAAAGGAUGGCAGCGCUGGACAUGCAGGGAACAGAUGUCCCUUGGCUCAAUUAAACAUCAAUAUAUAUUGGUCUGCAGGGAGAGAGUGUGUGUGGAGGAUAUAGGACAAGAUGGUUAAAGGUAGAAGAAUGUAGUUUCAGCAAACCAUUAUUUCAUGAGAAAGUUUUUAAAAUCAAGGUUUGAUUGUCACCCUAUUAUCAAAGAUCUAGAUAUGGUACAUUAAUAUUUCUCUGUGAAAUCGUGAAAUCUCAGCCAAAAACUGACAUUACUCAUGAUCUCCAACACAGAAAGGCACGAGUGUGACAGUGCAUUAAUAAUACUUUGAAAAAAAUACCUAACAUUUGAUGAAAUUUUGUGUUUAUUCUGCUCAUUUCUCAGCGAUUGCAAUAUUUCUCCAGAGUUAUUUGGCACAUACUAAAACUGUGGAGGUCAUUUUAUUGGAUAGUGUUCGAACUCAAUUUGAGAUCGUUACCACAACUGGCAUUUCUCUUUAAGGGGAUUGAAAGAAACUGGGAUAGUAUGACAGUAAAGAGGGAAAGAGGUGUGGGAUGGGGAGGGGAGAUAGUAUAUUUAGCAACAGAGAGAGAGAGAGAGAGAGAGAAAAUGGAUGUUUAACUAGAUUUAGGCCACAGGUCCCUAUACAGCUGUAUUUGGGAAUUGAUAUCAUGUUGUGCAAUGGAAUGGCCAGUGGAUGAGGAGAACAAAAGAGUGGAUGCAAGGUGCAUGAUUAUGAGUGGUAAUAUGAUAGAUGCUGGAGAUCUUGAAAUGGAUCUGACCAAGAUUUUAAGAGUAGGAAUAUAGGUUCAGCAUGGCCGAGAUAACUUGGGAUGGUCACAAUCUCAGCUUACCAUUCAUUUUAGCAGUUCGAUUUAAAUCUGUUGAAUUUCUUAUCUGGAAGUGAUUUUUAAAAAUAGGAAGCAGCAGGGAGUGGUUAUCUCCUUGUUGACGUUUCCAAAUAAAAGGUUUCCAAGGGAUAAGAUAUUGACAAUAUCUUUUGUCAAGGCUGAUCGCACAUGUGAGAUAAUCACUACAAAAUGCAUUUAGUAGGGUCACUGAUUUUUUUUUUUUUUUGGGGGGGUGAAAAAAUUUCAGAUUUUCGAUAUCACUGAUUCGUACAUCAAUAACCUCCUUUGGAUUGUGUUUAAAUGAGAACGGUGAUUCAUAAAUAAAUUCUUCUUCAAAGAUGAGAAGUAAAGUUGCCAUCUCUGAUGAGAAAACGCAGUCAAAAGGAUGGCUUGAUUUUAACAUCACAAGGUUUUUCUGCAUUCUUAUCUCCCAUUUCCCCACACAUUAUGGACUCCUCCUGCUUCAACGCCGGAAAAAUUAUCACCUGAAAAAUAAGUGUCGUGAAGUAGAAGUAUGCGGCAUCUGUUUGCUUCGCAACGAAUUUGAUUAUGAAUGUGAUGAUGAUGAGCAAUGCAGUUUGUUCCAUAAAUUGGAUACCAUGUUACAGGCAGCAGGAAUAGCCGUCAAGGGAAAUAAUUUUUUCCCCUUCUACCUCUUAACGUAAGAUAAGUGAAUGAUUAGCAUGUAACCAGAGGUGACGUUUUGCCGUAGCAUGCAGUCCCCCAGUGCACAACUGUGUGUUUUAUUUUCAGUUAUUCCAGCUUUACGCCUUACAAUCCUUUCACCGCUCGUUUGAAACACUGCAUAAUUGUACACGGGGUAUGUAAUCUCAUUGAUCACACAUGCAAUAUGGAUAUUAGAUAUGAUCACCCAAUUUGGGAGAUAUGAUCUUUUUAAUAAAUUGAAUUAUUCUUUAAUUUAAAGGGAAUCAAAUAUAUUCCCCAAGGCAUUUGCUGAAGUCACUAACUUAAAGUCAUUUCAACUAUCUCCUAAGAAAUUCAAAUGAUAUGUAUCAUUUCUAUCACAUGUAAAUUUUAUAACCUCUUUACUUUUGUGUUUGUGUGUCAUAAGUAUUGUCAUAGAUGUGUUCACCAAACACUACUGGAGAUGAAAUGUAUAACCAAAAUGCAAUGGUAUACUGAUACAUACGUACCUUAAUAUAGUGGUAUUUGUCUAUGUUUACAUGUGAUGUAAAAAAAAAAGAAAAAAGAAUUGAAAUUAAAUAAUGUGUAAAUAAUAUAUGUGGAAAAUAUGUAAAUGAAAUACAGAAAUAAUGUGUAUAUAUCUUUGUCUUUAUCUUUGUAGAUUAUAGUUGUACUAAUUUGGAAUAUUGAAAUGGAAUUUUAAGCUGUUUUGAAUGUUGUCAUGUGUAUCAUUCCUGUUCAAUGUAGUUUGUUUCUUACAGUGCCUUGGCUAUCAAAGCAUGCAGGAUCUUCAGCACUUCUGCUUAUCUUAUUUCAUCCAUGUUAUUUAAUAUUAAAUUGUAAGUUAUAAUGCAUUUAUUUUGCAGACUCGUGAAACAGUAUUUUCAUCUUCAAAUGUAUAGAAUCAGUCUAUCUUUAGAAUAUUUCAAUUCUAUUAUACUAAGGGAAGCUCUAUUGGACAAUAUGUUUGCAGAUUAAUACAGACAUGUUGACAAAACUUGGUUCGUAUUUUGAUUUUAGUUUGGGAUAUACAUGAAAAAAAAGCUGAGAAUAAACUUUAGAACCAUAGUAGUGUAAACAGAUGAUUAGUACAUCAUUCUGCUAUACAUAAUUAUCUGCAAAUUAAAAGUUUAAUAUAAAAAGAAAAUGGACAGCACUGCAGUUACAUAUACAGCGGUGCUCAAAAGUUAGUGAACCCCCACCAGAAAAUGAACAUACUGUAGUUUAAAUGUUCUUGUUCUGCCCUGUUUUAGAUAUAUAUGUAAUUGUGAGGUCUGGUGAUAAAAUUCACAUUCAAUGAAGUUUGUUUCUCUGGGCUUGCCGAACCUUGUAGUGAUAGUGUCUAUACUCAACACUUUGCAUGAAGGAUUACAUUGUGUGGUGGGGGGCUCACUAACUUUUGAGAACAACUGUACAUGCUGAAAGAAAUAUAAGUACAUAAUUAUAUGUGUAAGGAAUCAGAUGCUUAUAAGUGGCUUGGUUUUUUCACUUUAAAUGUGGGUAAAAGUCUUAUAUUAAGACAGAGCAAAUUGAAUAUGAACAGUAAUAAAUCUUGUUUCAUGCUCUUGUUUUAGUUUUAUCCUUUCAAAUUUUCAUUUAGCCGAUUAAUAUACCUCAUGCUUUUACCCAGUGUACAUUGUCUGCAUAAUGACUUAUGUACUCUGAUAUGAUUUACAUUGUCAAAUUCGUGAGUAAUUCUUCUGCAUCUUCAAAUUUAUUAGUUUUAUCAUGGUACAUGGUUUUAUCAUAUGUUUUUUGGGGGUAAAUGAAAUGUUGCGUCUCUAUCCAGUAUCAGCUUAUUUGAUGCUUUUGGGUUUGAGAUUUUAUGAACUUUUUAUUGUAUCAAUAUCUUUGUUUCUUUUGUUUUAUUUUGUUGUGAUAUGUAACAUUUGGUGCUCAUUUUGUUUGCAUUAUAUUAUAUUUUAUAUGUUUUAAUGGACAUUCUUUUCAUUUUUUUUUUCUUUGGGGGGGAAGUUCUCUAUAUGUCCUUUUUCAUGGCAAAUUUAUUGUCAUUUCCAAAAACAUCAAUAAUUAACAUAUUUGUUGUGUAUUUUACUGCUUACAUUAUCCGGUGUUGUGUGGUAUUUGCAGGUGAAAAUCUUGUGUAAAAUUACCAGAAUUAUGUGGGUCUAUGCCAGGUUAAAAAAAUGAUAAAACCAUUAUGUCUGGUUUUUUUAUUUAUUUAAUUGGGACACAAUUUUGUCUGCAGUUUUCAGAAAAUCUCAUUCAUUUUUCUGUGUGGGAUGUUCAUAUUUUAUGUUUUUAAUGUCAACCAUUUUAAUAUAUGCACAUUGUAUUCUUACAUGGAAAUUCUCCAUAAUGGCAUAAUCUUUCAAUAUUAUAUUAAUGAUGUGAACAUGAGAAAGCAAGAUCAAAAGCCAUGGAGUAUUGAAUCUGAUUGUUAUAAAUCCCAAUUAGUUUCAAACAUAUUGACAUAUCUCAGUAUAUUUAUGCCAUUUUUAUUUCAGCAAAAAUAUUUGUUAAUCGAAAUGGACUAUUCAGUAGUAUAUCCAAUCCACUAUUGUUUUGAAUUCUGGUUUUCUUGAAAACAAUUACAAAACAUGAAAAGACAAAAAGACAAAAUGUACAGAUUUCCGACUUUGAUACUACUGUCACCUGUAUUUUAAUUGAAAAAUGCAGUCUCCUUAUUUGUUUUGUCUUUCAUUCUUGUUUGAAGUAUUGAAUUCUAGUGUAUCAUAAGAAACAUAUAUAUUUAUCAACCAAAACAAUAUAUAUUCAUAAAUCAGAUUCCAAUCAUUCUGUAUUAUGCAAGUAAAAUAACAAGAUAUUUUUAGGGUUUUGAUGAUUUUUUUCUUCUCGUACCAAUGCAGUUUAAUAAUGAAAAAGGCGAUAUAAUAAUUAGUACACAAUGCUUUGAUUAUGGUUUAAUAUAGCAUCUUGAAAGGAUGGGGAUAGAUUGCAUUAUAAACUUGUUUCAUUGAUGUCAGAAAGUCUUAUGUGUUCAAGGUGAGAACUUUUUUCCCCAGUUGAUUUUUUGAGCAACAUAAAAAUGACACGAGUUAGGCCUAAUCACUAAUUCUAAGAAGUAUAUUUUGUCGCCUUGCUGGCAAAAGGCAGUACUUCAAGCAUGCGCAAUGAUUUUAAAUUCCUGUGUUGUUUUCAUAAGGGGGUGCAUGAAUAUUAACACUGUUUUGCUUGACCAACACAAAUGGGAAUUGACAUAACAUUAAAUCCUAUAAAUCAAUUUUUCAGUCACUAUAUGUUGGUUCAACAUUUACAAAAGCCUCUUAUUUUAUGUGCACUAUAUACUCUAUGGUCCUGUGUAUGAAUAAUGUGAUAAAUGUAUCUCUUUGUGAACUAACAAAAUUGACCCUAUUUAAUGAUGAUAAAUAUCUAUAUAUUAUCAAGGGCUGCAUUAAGUAUUAAACGCAGAGGGUAAUUUAAUUUGUAGGAACAUAUUCAGAUAUGGAGAAAAUGUACAUCUGAAUGUCUUCCAUAUAGAAAAAUUUUAUGUUCAAGAUGAUGUAUGGCAGAAAUAACUUCCAGUAUGAUGGCAGAGUCAAAGGCAUUGUAUACCUAAACGAAUCUGAGAAAAUGUAUUCUAACAAUAUUGCAUUUUUUUGCUUGUAAUGAUAACAUUAAAGAUAUAAUAAUAUUGUA